CUCUAGCGGCAGGGAGGAGCGGUGUGUCUCGCUCCCUGCCUGUCUCGGGUCUGCAGCGGGGAAGUGUUCUGGAUGUGAGGGGCGGUGCUGGACUCUCACACCCGCAGGCCUGUGGAUGUGGAGCGGGCCGAGGUGAGAGGAGGAGGAGGCGGAGACGGACAGAGAUGAUGCCGCCCAGACGCGUCUGAUUUUGGGGGGAUGAAAAGUCAAAGUGAGCUCAGCUCGGACCGGAGCGGAGGAACAGGGAGAGCGGGCGGGAGGACGCAGACACCGGCCGGUGUGAGGACAGACACACGGACACAGACGGAGCUGAGGGAGGACGGCUCCUCGUCUCUCUGACACACCGAGGCUCGGGUGAGAAGUCGGGGCAGCUGCCUGACCCGGAGCCGGGGGGCAACAUGGUUGUGUCGCUGCGGAGCUGGGUCGCCAACGAGGGAGGAAAACAUUUGAUCCUGAUGCUGUGGUUGGCAGCAAACACCUGGCUCUUCCUCAGGACCUUCCUGCUCUAUUCCACUGGACAUCAGUAUCACUACCUGUACGAGAUGCUCGGGCUCGGUCUGUGCAUCAGCAGGGCGUCUGCGUCGGUGCUGAACCUGAACUGCAGCUUGGUGCUCUUGCCCAUGUGUCGCUCACUGCUCACCUUUGUUCGAGGAACACACACUGUAUCGAGCAGAAAGACGCGCAGACUGCUGGACAAGAGCAAGACCUUUCAUGUGGCCUGUGGAGUCACCAUCUGCAUCUUCUCUGUUGUGCACGUGUCUGCCCACUUGGUGAACGUCAUGAACUUCAGUGUGAGGUACUCGGACGACUUUCCUGCUCUCAAUUUGGCUCGCCACAGAGGAGAGGAUCCAAAGCUGAUCAUCUUGACCACAAUCCCAGGAGUCACCGGUGUCCUGUUGGUUCUCAUCCUCUUCCUGAUGUUCAUGUCCUCCUCCUCCUGCGUACGGGUGUCCAACUAUGAGAUCUUCUGGUACACACACAACCUCUUCAUCGUCUUCUACAUCAUCCUCAUGGUGCACAUGGUCGGUGGAGCUCUGAAGUAUCAGACCAACAUCGAGACCCACCCUCCUGGCUGCCUCCGAGCCAAUCAGAGCAACACCGGGCAGCACGACAAGGAGCUGGAGCAGGGUGAAGAUGAGGAGAGGAGAUGCAGAGAGGAGGCUCACUUCCAACCUCACUACCCCCAGACGUGGCUGUGGGUGUCCGGUCCUCUCUGUCUCUACUGUGCGGAGCGUUUCUACCGCUACAUCAGGGGCAGUGACCCAGUUACCGUGGUGACAGUCAACAGGCAUCCAUGUGAUGUCAUUGAGUUGCGGAUGCUAAAGAAAAACUUCAAAGCUCGUCCUGGGCAGUAUAUUCUUCUCAACUGUCCAGGUGUCUCUUCGUUUGAGAACCAUCCCUUCACCCUAACGACGUGUCCCACAAAGAACAAGAAAACUUUUGGCAUCCAUCUCCGAGUCGUGGGAGACUGGACUGAGCGGUUCACACAGCUGCUGCUCCCUCAGCCGAGAGCAGACUUGGAGAUCCUUCCCAUGGUGCAUCAGAGGCGAUACCCCAAGCUCUACGUGGACGGCCCAUUUGGAAGUCCAUCAGAGGAAGUGUUCAACUACGACGUCAGUGUGUGUGUUGCUGGUGGAAUAGGAGUCACACCGUUUGCCUGCGUGCUGCAUGCUCUGCUUGAUGGCUGGGAGGGUUUCAGGUUGCAGAGGUUGUACUUUGUUUGGGUCUGCAGAGAGCUUCAGUCCUUCUACUGGUUUGCUGAGCUGCUGUGUGCCCUUCAUCACAAGCUUUGGAAGGAAAACAGACCAGACUACUUUAAUCUGAAACUGUACGUCAGCCGGACAGACAGUCUGCAGAGCAUGUCUGAGGAGAAGUACCGCCCCCUCACCUCCAGGCUGCUGGUUGGACGACCCAGGUGGAAGUUGCUGUUUGAUGAGAUUGGGAGGACCAAUAAGAAUAAGCGAGUGGGGGUUUUCUGCUGUGGACCGAGGGGCAUCUCCAGGACUCUCCACAGAUUAUGUAACUCAAGCCGAUCCUCUGGAACAAUCUUUGAAUUCAACAAGGAAUCAUUCAGCUGAUUUAACUUUGGGAUGGAUUUUAUACAUUUUUUUAAAAGUACAUUUCCGAAGAACUUUGGACAAUCGUGGUCAAAUUUUGUGCAUGUCCAAGAAAAGAAACAGACAGUAUUUAUAUUUCAUACGUCUCCUUGUCACUGCUCACUAAAGACCUGGGAGCAGAAGACGUUACCAUGUAGCACAAGCUUGUGUCUGCAGGCUGAAAUGACCCAUGACCGAGAGCUCCACAAGCUUCUACUUCAGCCUCUGAUCCGAUCAAACCACUGAGACGAGCUGAGGAGAACAGCUCCUGAUGAUCUGUUUUUCCACGUCUGCUGCUGGUUCUAUCUUUUCCCCACUGUGGAGUAAAUCUGUUCACUCAUGCUGAAGUCUAAUCUGAAAAAACGUCAACAAACACAUGGAGACUACAGGAGUUCAUCUUUCAGGGAACCAGGGACCAGAAAAACAAUUUUUUUAUCCAGAGAAAUAGUUACCAAACCAAAGGAGUGGAACCACAAGACAAAUCAAAUAAGCAAAAAACAGUUUUAGAUUAACGAUCAACCUCAUCCAUCGUCCAUUUAAAAACCAAACUCGCCCCCGAGCAGCUCUACUGACCAAAGUCCUCAGGCUGUAGAGAGACAUGUUAAUACAGACACAAGCUGUUACGUUAAAUUCUAAAAGACUGAGUUUUACGAACUGAGACCAUAAGGAGAAGUCUCUUUUUACUUUGCAUUGAAAAACCACUGCUCCCAUGAGUCUUAGCCUUUGGCACACUGUCACCAUGAAAGGUAUAUAUGAUGACAGAUCCUUGAAAAUGGACAGAAAACCAUGUGAUGUCUUUCAUGUGAGAACAAAAGCUCUGAGAAUAUAGGGGAGCUCUGUGUGUCCCUCUCAGGGAGCAGGAUUUGUAGUUUCUGAGCUGGGAGACAAGUUUCUGAUUGGUUAAUAACACUGUCACUCAUCAGGAUCUGAGAUUAAAGAAGUGGAAACAAAGCACAAACAGCCGACACUUGAUAAAGUCUUUGUUUUCAUCCUGUUUGAUUUGCUGUUGUACUAAAGCAAACCUGCACAACUACACCUCAAGCCAGUACUUUAAGUUUGUUAUUUUUUGGAAUUUAUUUAUAUUUCUUACAAGUUAUUUAACAUGUGAAAAUCUUCUGAUGUGUAUUUCCACAAAAUACUUUGACAUAUCUCAAUGGAGUAUGGAUAAAAAAUAAAUGAGGAACAGUACAUAUUAGUAGCUUUAGGAGUUAAGGAGUCAAUCAACCUCUUGAUAUUUCAAAUUUUGUGAUUGAAAGAAAAAAAAACUCUCAAUAUGUAACUAGCAUUUUAAAUCAAAAUGUUUUUAGAUGUUGAAUUGUCUAUGUUCAGCAUUGUCUUUUUUUAAAGAACAAGC